AACAUGCAACCCUGCAUGGGGCUUCUUCUUGUUUUCUUCACUCACCACAUCAUUCUCUGUGUCCAUCAGGCAGGGUUGAGGAACAUUGAGGAGGAGGCCGCACCAGAGCUUCACAGGGCCAUCUCUGGAGAUCUUGUGACUGAAGAAGAGAUAGAACGAGCUACUGACGCUGUGGAGGGCAUCUUCAGGAGACAAGGCAGUCUUUUUGGAAACCACUCAGACCCUUUUUCUGCAGAGAGUGAAAUAGCCGAUGCCAGCCAGGCCAUGGGCCAACGCCCUCUGCAGAUGGCAGAAGGAAUCAACGAGAAUAUGAAUAUCAGCAACAUAAGUCACAGCCUUUAUUAACAGUAGUCUUGAAGUAUUGACAUCUGACCAUUGAUGUCUGUCAGAGUACUUCACAGUCAUGCCUUUUGACAUCUGCAUAAUGGGGGCAGCCGGAGCUUUACAACAGACACAAAGAAGAACUGUGAUGAAAUGGAUUACCAACCUUGCCAACAUCUGCACCCAGUGUAGAGCAAUGGACUUAGGGCCAGGAUGAAAAACUCUGUUAACUAAUAACACUAAACAAAACCACAAAUACUUUCUUCAUUAAAUGAUUAAACACUC